CUGACAGUAUUGUCGGGGGCUAUUCUCUCUCCCAGGAACAUGGCGGCGAGUCAGGGAGGAGGUGGUAACAGUGGGGGCGGCGGUUGUGCUGGAGGUGGAAGUAGCGGUGGCGGUGGCGCGGCCGGUGGGGGAGGUGGCGGGGCUGGAGGGGGAGGCAGUGGCGGCGGCGGGACCCUGGUGGUCCCCAUCCCGGUACCGACUCUUUUCGGUCAGCCGUUCCCCAACGGGCCGCAGUGGAACCCGGGGAGCCUGCAGCCUCAGCACACUGUGAGGAGCCUGGACCGGGCCCUGGAGGAGGCGGGCAACUCCGGCAUCCUGAGCCUCAGCGGUCGGAAACUCCGAGACUUCCCGGGCAGCAGCUACGACCUGACGGACACCACCCAAGCAGAUCUUUCCAGAAAUCGUUUUACAGAAAUUCCUUCUGAUGUCUGGUUAUUUGCACCCCUGGAAACAUUAAAUUUAUAUCAUAAUUGCAUCAAAACCAUUCCUGAAGCCAUUAAAAAUCUGCAGAUGUUAACAUACCUUAACAUUAGUCGAAAUCUUUUAUCAACAUUGCCAAAAUACCUAUUUGAUCUUCCUCUUAAAGUUUUGGUCGUCAGUAAUAAUAAACUGGUAUCCAUUCCAGAAGAAAUUGGGAAAUUAAAAGAUUUAAUGGAGUUGGAUAUUAGCUGCAAUGAGAUUCAAGUCCUUCCCCAACAAAUGGGAAAAUUACAUUCACUUAGAGAGCUAAAUAUAAGAAGAAAUAAUCUUCAUGUUUUGCCAGAUGAAUUAGGUGAUCUUCCCUUAGUCAAGCUGGAUUUCUCUUGUAAUAAAGUGACCGAAAUUCCAGUUUGUUACAGAAAGCUGCAUCAUUUACAAGUAAUAAUUUUGGAUAACAAUCCAUUGCAAGUACCACCAGCACAGAUAUGUUUAAAGGGUAAAGUGCACAUAUUUAAAUACUUAAAUAUUCAAGCAUGUUGCAGAAUGGAUAAGAAACCAGAUUCCCUGGAUCUUCCAUCAUUGAGUAAACGGAUGCCCUCCCAGCCUCUCACAGACAGUAUGGAAGAUUUUUAUCCAAAUAAAAAUCAUGGCCCUGACUCUGGAAUUGGAAGUGAUAAUGGAGAAAAACGAUUAUCCACAACAGAACCAUCAGAUGAUGACACAAUCAGCCUUCAUUCUCAAGUCUCAGAAUCAAAUAGAGAGCAGACCUCAAGAAAUGACAGUCACACAAUAGGAAGUAAGACUGAUUCUCAGAAAGACCAGGAGGUUUAUGAUUUUAUUGACCCCAACACAGAAGAUAUAGCAGUUCCUGAACAGGGAGAUGCACAUAUUGGAUCAUUUGUAUCUUUCUUUAAGGGAAAAGAAAAAUGUUCUGAAAAGUCUCAGAAAAAUGAAGAAUUAGGAGACAAAAAGAGACUUGAGAAAGAACAGUUACUGACAGAGGAAGAGGAUGAUGAUUUGAAGGAAGUAACUGAUUUGAGGAAAAUAGCUGCUCAAUUAUUGCAGCAAGAACAAAAGAACAGAUGGAGGCCUUUAAAUUGUAGAGCAUCAUUCAGUGAUAAACUCUUCCAGAGGACCAGAGCAACAGGACAUGCAUCAAGGAUUCUUAAUCAUUCAACUUCUAUCAUGAGAAACAAGCCAAAACAAACUGUGGAAUGUGAAAAGAGUGUCUCAGCAGAUGAAGUUAAUUCACCAUUAUCACCCCUCACAUGGCAGCCCUUAGAAAAUCAGAAGGAUCAAAUAGAUGAACAACCGUGGCCAGAAUCUCACCCUAUAAUCUGGCAGAGUGAAGAAAGGAGGCGGAGUAAACAGAUUAGAAAAGACUAUUUCAAGUAUAAAUCAAUGAGGAAGAGUUCAAGUGGCAAUGAAAAUGAUGAGCAAGACAAUGAUAAUGCUAACAUGUCACCACAAUCUCCAGUAUCAUCUGAGGAAUAUGACAGAACUGAUGCUUUUUCACACAGUCCCUUUGGCUUGAAGCCUAGAUCAGCUUUUAGCCGUUCAUCUCGCCAAGAAUAUGGGGCAGCAGAUCCGGGAUUUACAAUGAGAAGAAAGAUGGAACAUUUACGGGAAGAGCGAGAGCAAAUACGACAACUUCGAAAUAAUCUUGAAUCCAGGUUAAAAGUAAUUUUGCCUGAUGACAUUGGAGCUGCACUGAUGGAUGGGGUUGUUCUUUGCCAUUUAGCCAAUCAUAUAAGGCCACGUUCUGUUGCUAGUAUUCAUGUACCAUCACCAGCAGUGCCCAAACUGAGCAUGGCAAAAUGUCGAAGAAAUGUAGAAAAUUUCCUUGAUGCUUGUAAAAAGUUGGGUGUCUCACAGGAAAGACUUUGUUUGCCUCAUCAUAUUUUGGAAGAAAGAGGACUUGUGAAAGUUGGUGUCACAGUUCAGGCGCUCCUUGAAUUACCAACAACCAAGGCAUCUCAGCUUUCUUUGGCUUGAUAUAACAUUUUAAAAUCGUAACUGUAUAGUUUCAUUUAUUUGAAGUGAUUUCAAAUAUUUCAAAUUCAUGAAUAAGAAUAUUCAGUCAAAAAUAGUUUGCCUUAGGUCACGCCUUAGGAUUUUGAAAAAAUUACAUUGAAACCUUAAACCCUGAAUUGCCCAAACUUCUUUUGGGGGAAAACUGGAUUAAUUUAAUAAGAGCAUUUGAUAAACUCAAAUUCUCUUUUUACUAAGUCAGUUGAUAACCUCGAUUAUUUUUCAGAAAGCAGACUGAUACUAAAUUUAAAAUGUAGUUUCAAUUUAAUAAUCACAUUAGGUUUAAUUUUUUUACAUCAUAGCAUAGUAGUAAGCAUCUGGAUAAAGGUAAUUGUUUUUUAGCAAUUUAGAGCAAUUCUAUAUUUGAGUUAUUUAAUACACUUCUAAUUCUAGUUUAUACACAAUUUCUUCAAUCUUUGGUCUUAGUUUUCUAGAAAAAAAAGGUGUAGAAAAAACAAUUCUGGCUUUACAUUAAAUUCUUUUAGUAUUAUAGGUUGGUGCCAAAAUAUUUUCAGUUGUACUGUAGAUUGUUUACAUGUGAAGUGCCUGUGUAAUUGAUGACUCUUAUAUAGUCUUAAGCAUUUUUGCAAUUUUUUAAAUGUAUUAAUAGAGUCAAUGGAACUUUAAAAUAUUUUAGUAGAUUUUGUAAGGUCAGUAAUAUGUGAGGAUUUAAAUGAACCUCACAUUGUGACAUUUGUGUUUUUAGUUAGUCCAUUGCAAUUUCUCUUAAAUUGGUUAUUUCAUGUUGUCAAAAAUACCAAUGUUAAUAUGAUUAAUUUAUGCUAUUUAAUUUUGUGAAACUUAAUCAUCUUUUAAAAUGUAUUAUUUGAAGAGUAUGUUAUUUCUGUAUUGAAAAUGUUACACAAAACAGUAACGUUUUUGAGAAAAAGUGAAGUACUCAUUAUCAAGGACAUUUUUAUAAAACUGCCAAAGUUUUGGUUUAUAUCUUGCCUUUCAGCAGCAUUAUAUCAGUGAUGUCUUUAGCUAUAUUCAGAGAGCAGCAGUUGAGGAAUAUGUUUUUACUCAAAAUCUGGCCAUUUGUGAAUCCUGUAAACUUUGUGAUCUUCAAUUACUUUGAUGUUGAAUUAAACACAGAUCAUUCUAUAAAUAUUUUCAUGAGAUACUAUGUUACAUAAAGUCCUUGUUUAACUUAGAGAUGGGUAAAUUUACAUUGGUGGUAUUGCAGGAAUCUUUCAAAAACAUUACUGUAAUGAAUAACUGAGUUUCCUAUAGAAGAACUUUAAUAAUUACUUUUAUAGUAACCAAACAAGCAUCAUAGCUCAAGUAUGUGAUCAUUUGCACUUGUUACCUCUUAAUGUGGAUGCAACUUAUUAAAAAUGUUGGCCUGGGUAUUUCAAAGUGUAUAUAUAAAAGGUAAAAACUAGUGUGCCAAAUAGUAUAGGAUCAACUGUACUUUUUUUGAUCAGUUGGCAUGAAGCCAUACAAUUAAAUUUUGGCUUUAGAAUACAGAUGUGUUUUUUACAUUCCCCAAGGGUCAAAUUGGAGCUUUUAAAGAAUUAAAGCUUCUCUGACCAUAUGGUUUAAUAAUUAAAUUAUUAGUAAUUUAUUAUUUUAAAUAUUUGAGCUGAUUAUUUGUUAAUUUUUCAGGUGGAUAAAAAAAAAAAAACUCACUGACAUAAUCUCCCUGGUGAAAACUUGGAUAAUAUAUGUAAGAAAUGGCAAAUAAAUACCUUAGUUAAUGACUUUUUAUGUAAAAAUUUGACAGCAUUACAAAUUAAGUGACCAUUAAAAACACAGGAAUCAUUCAUACUGCUUUCAUAGGUGUUAUGAUAGUCUCUGAUUAACCAGUAUAGUGUUAAAUUAUUUUACAAGCGUUGUCCUGUUUCAUAUCUUUGAAGUAGUAGUGAAAUUGUAGGCCAUUUUCUUACUGCUUUUCACUUGUCAGUUAAUUGUUCCUUUGAAAAGAAAAUACAGCAGAACCUCACUGUAGCAUUCUUUACUGCAAAGCAAAAUUCCAUUUAAGAUGGACUUAUCUGAGGUCCACAUCAUGGCAGUUCAUGUACUCUUGUGCCAAAUGGCAACACCACCUCUUAAAGCAGUUUCACAGCAUAGUCCCCUGCAACAUUAUACCAAGGCUCUGAUGUAUUUCUUUUAGUAGUUUCUAAGUGUAAAAUUUAUUCUAAAUGUUUUUAUGGUUAUUAUCUAUUUCAUCAGUUGUUGAGUUAAGAUGAUUUUCAUUACUUAAAUGGGAUUUGUGAUUUAGUGACAAUUGAAUAAUCAAAAAUAUUUUAUUAGGCCCCCAAAAUUUAAUAGAUAGCUAUUUCUGUUAAAUUUUAUUACUGUAUGGCACAAGAAAGAAGUGACAUUGGGUAUGUUAGAAAUGAAAUAAGGAGGAAAAAGGCAUUACCAUUUGUUUAAUAAUUAUCUUUGCAGAAUGCUAGUUUAAUGACUUUUUUAACUGAAUUUUUUUAAUACUUCAGAAAUGUUUGUAUUGGUCACAGAUCUAUCAUAAUUCAUUUUCUGAUGCAUUUAAAAAUAAAUGGAACACUUAAAUGUAUAUUACCAAUGCAAACUGUGGAUAAAGUUGAAAGAAAAAA